AUCCAGGUCAUCAUCAUCUCUCUUUCUCUCUCUCUCUUUCGCUCUCUCUCUCUGUCUAACCUUGUCAAGCAAGCCUCUCCCUUGGAGAGUUCUUUUUAUACGCAAACUCAAGAUCACAACACAGUCUCAACCAUGAAGCUCUCUCCAUCUCCUUCAACCAUGCCUCUAGAUCUGGAACUGCCCAAGAUCAGAGUACCCUCUUCUUCUUCUGUUACUGCUGUUGUUGACGACAAAGCUUCGAGCGGGGACGCGGGUGCAACUCAGAUCCCGAGCGAUGACAGCGAGUGCCGGACCCCAACGUCGAGUGAGCACAGGAUCCAGGCUGCCGCGAGCUGCCCGCCGGCGCCAAGGAAGCCCCGAGCAGUGCCCUCGCGGAAAAGGAGGCGUGAGUUCUUCGACACGGCGAACCGCGAGGAGGUGGAGGGUUUCUUCCGGAGCUGCGAGCUGGCCCUGUGCUUGAGAGACAGGCCUCGCGGGGGGGUCGUGAGGAGGAGGUACCUGAGUAAGGGCGUUGUGGUCGCAAUUCUCUGAUUAAUUCUUGUUUUAUCUUUCUUUUUUCUGCUUUCUUGAGCAAAUUGUUAUUAUUACUAUUCGUGAUUCCAAUUUGUUUAUAUCGAAUAUCAAACGUGUAAUCUCGUGACCAGAUGUUGCUGAAUGUAAGUAUAUAGAGAUUCUUAAACUA